GGAGACUGAACAGAUAGACUCAGCCACGGAAGAGGGAGAGGGAGUGAGAAGACAAUGCCGUCAAAGCCCCAACAGCUUUCUUUUUCUCCAGCCCAGAGCAGACGCCUGAGCCCCCCCGAGGUACUCCUUCCAUCUUUGGAACACACUAGUAAUUCACUGAUAACAGGAAGUUAUGAGGGAUCCUGUGAGUAGCCAGUACAGCUCCUUUCUUUUCUGGAGGAUGCCCAUUCCAGAACUGGAUCUGUCGGAGCUGGAAGGCCUGGGUCUGUCAGAUACAUCCAUCUACAAGAUCAAAGACGGCAGUGCUGGCAAAAUGACCAGGCAAGCAACGGGAGAACAGGAGAAAAACUCCGAAGGCGAUUCCCUCCUUGAAUACAGCACCUUCAACUUCUGGAGAGCUCCCAUUGCUAGCAUCCACUCCUUUGAUUUGGACUUGCUUUAAGCCCAAGACUUCUCUUUCCCACCACCUGCUGUCACUGUCUUCCCUUUCAAGCCCCUUCCUUUCUACCCUUUUCUCCUAUUAAUCUUGCUCUCUCCCCUCUAUUGUGUUGAGGUGGUGCUGAUUAAUCUGCCAGAGUUGUGUUGUAUUUAUUUAUUUAUCUAUUUAUUUAUCUAUCUCUCUAUUUUAUCAGUUUCUCUCAAAAGCCCUUAAGCCACAAAGAAAAGGGUUUGAGCAAUGGAGUAUUGGAUCACAGGGAUUCCCCCUCCCUCCACGAGGGCCCCAACUAAUUCCAGAAAACAAGCCUGGUGGGGGCACCAGAGAGUAGUACAAUGGUACAAAAUGGAGGGUGGAUUUUUUUACUUCAUUUUAAUCAGCUUUAGAGAUUGCUUAAACCUAAUUUCCUGCUCCAGAUCAGUAAACAUAAAUCUUUCUUCCACCGUUGUUGAAAACCUUAGAAGUUUUCAUUUGAGAUUAUCUGCGAUAAGACAGUAGGAUUUCUAAAUGGCUAAGGUGAUAAGUCUCUUGCUAUUUGAUCCUGCUCCUUGUAAUAUAUGUUUUCUCAGAGAAAUUGGGGAUAGUUAAAAGUAUAAAACAAAGGAAGUAAUACAUCAUGGAAAAUUAAAAUAGGGGAAAGCACUGAAUCAUUUCAGAAAUAACUACAUUCUCAAAAGGGUGUUCCUCUUUCAAGCCUACUCACUUUAUAGCUUUGCUCCUAACUGAAAACUCUGAGGAAAAUGACUCCAAUUUCAAUUCUUAAGAUGCAAUCUUACUGAUUACUGUGAUAAUCUGUAAGGUUUUGAUUCGGCUUCUGAAUGGCAUAGGGUUUGGCCUUUAGUGUUUUAGUCUUGCCUUGCAUCUGCAAUGUGUAAUACCGAUCAGUGGGCCUCAGGCACACUUCUUCAGCUACCUUGAGACCAUGAAAUAAUCACAUUUAUGACCAUACACCUUGUCCCCUCAUUCCUUCCAAAAUUAUUGCUGCUGAUUUGUGCUGCCAUUUACUCAUUUCUUUAAUAAACACAUUCGAUCCC